GAGGCCCCGGCUGCGCGGCCUCCGCUUCAGCAGCGCCCGUCGGGAGGCGGCCGGGCAGCGCCGAGCCCCCGCCACCCGCUCAGCCCUCGCCCUCCCAGCGCCAUGGCGGCCGCCGAGCCCGGCAGCGGCCGCUACCAGCAGCUGCAGAACGAAGAGGAGCCAGGUGAGGCUGCACCAGUGGUCAGCGAUGCCCCUCCGCCCUACAGCAGCAUUUCUGCAGAGAAUACAGCUUAUUUUGACUACAAGGAUGAGUCAGGAUUUCCGAAGCCUCCAUCUUACAACGUGGCCACAACGCUGCCUAGUUACGAUGAGGCAGAGAGAACCAAGGCUGAAGCCACAAUUCCCUUGGUUCCUGGAAGAGAGGAGGACUUUGUGACACGGGAUGACUUUGAUGACAGUGACCAGCUGAGGAUAGGAAAUGAUGGCAUUUUCAUGCUAACUUUCUUCAUGGCAUUCCUCUUCAACUGGAUUGGAUUUUUCCUGUCUUUCUGUCUGACUACUUCAGCUGCAGGGCGGUAUGGAGCCAUCUCUGGAUUUGGGCUGUCUCUCAUCAAAUGGAUCCUUAUUGUCAGGUUCUCCACCUAUUUUCCUGGUUACUUUGAUGGUCAGUAUUGGCUUUGGUGGGUGUUCCUUGUACUAGGAUUUCUGCUGUUUCUCAGAGGAUUUAUUAAUUAUGCAAAGGUUAGGAAGAUGCCUGAUACUUUUUCCACUCUCCCCAGAACCAGAGUUCUCUUUAUUUACUAAAGAUGUUUUCUGGCAAAUGUCUUCCUGUGUGAGUGAAUUCUCCCUCAAGAAGUGACAGGACACCUGCAGGAAGUGAAUCAAGACUCUGAGACAGAAGAAAAAAUAAUCACCUGCUUUAAAAGAAAUAAAUAAAGUACUGUUGAAAAAAAAAAAAAGGAGAAGCAUUUCUUUCUAUUUGUUUCUAGAUGUAAAAUUUUAAUAAUUAAUGCGGAAUUCUGUAAUCAUUAAAUCGUUAGUGGCUAAUGUUUGCAAAAGCUAUUGCAGUCGAGUCUGUGACGUGCUAAUGAAGCCUUAUCUAGUAUCUGUAGUCGUUUGGGUAGCAUGAGCUGUGCCCCGUAGCCAGCAGGGGACAGGCUUGCUUUGUUUCGUUCUGCAUCCUGGCAGCAGGUUGGGACUCUGGCCCGUGGUGUGCAGUGUGGGUAAUGCUGACUGCCCUGAAGGGAUGAUCUCCAAGCUGAAGUGAUGGCAUUGCUAUGGUUACACACCUUUCUGCUGCCAUCGCCACCUGCGCUGCUGCCUGCGUGAGAGGGAAAGCUGGGCUCUGCAGCAUGGAGCCGGGAGGUGGAAUGAAGUGGGAGAGUCUUAUUGUGAAGGUGGCACAAGUAUUAAUUUUUUAAUAGCCUCUGGUAUCUCAGUGUUGUAGUAUACUUUCGUACUGCCUACUUUUUGGACUAACUAGGGAUUUUCACAGUACACGUUGGUAGUGUAAAGAUGAAAGGUCACACUGCAACUUUGUAUAAAAAAUAUCUUGCAUAAUAAAGGCCUUCUUUUCCUUUGGCUUUGGACUUUUGAGACGACUCCUAACGUACCUGUAACUUGCGUUUAUAAUUUGUGUUAGCAGAGAUUCUGAUGCAUUAUAAAUGUAGAUUUAAUGUCCACUUUUGUGCUUUCUGCCAAGUGGUAAUUCACUUCGGAGUUUUACUAUGUUAAAACUGUAAAUACAGCAGAACAUUAAUAAAUGUCACUUAUGUAGCAA